UUAAACAAAUAAAGAAAAUUAAAAGAAAAAGAAGAGAAUAUCAAAUCUCUGCUUUAGUGAUGGUUGAGAUUAAAAUGGUACGCAAUAAUUACUACUAAGUCAUACAGGUACUAGUUUCACGCAUGCACUUUUUUAGGAUCUGCAGACAGCCGAAUACUAAACCCUUACUUUUUGCCUGGAUUUGGUCUUGUCCUUAAACAAAAGAAAACAAUUGGCAUUAUUGUUACUUUUUUUUAUUUUCUUUUCUUAAUUCUCAUGCAAUGAGAGGCUUCACGUUCUAUGAAAGAAUCUCUAAGGCGUUUCAUGACAACCCAGUAGUUUCUAAGCUUCUUGUCAUCUCCUCUGUCAGCGGUGGAGGUCUGCUGGCAUUUUCUGAUGCCAACCAAUCUCAAACCUUAAUAUCUGAAUCUGCUCAAGGUGGAGGCAAGAAGAAGAAGGUGGUAGUGCUAGGAACAGGUUGGGCCGGCAUUAGUUUUCUCAAAAACUUGAAAUGUACAUCCUAUGAUGUUCAUGUUGUGUCGCCCCGCAACUAUUUUGCAUUUACUCCUCUCUUACCAAGUGUUACUAAUGGCACCGUGGAAGCUCGCAGCAUUGUCGAACCAAUUCGGAAUUUUGUGAGGAAGAAGCCUUUUAAAGUUGAUUUCAAAGAAGCUGAAUGUUACAAGAUUGAUCCUGUAAAUAAGAAAAUUCAUUGUCGAUCUAACUCUGCCAAGAAUUUAGGUGGGACUGAAGAAUUCACGAUGGAUUAUGACCUUUUGGUGGUUGCCAUGGGAGCUAGUUCAAAUACUUUUAACACCCCCGGUGUAUUAGAAUAUGCUCAUUUCUUAAAGGAAGUGGAAGAUGCUCAGAGGAUCCGCAGGUCCAUAAUAGAUUGUUAUGAAAGGGCAAACCUUCCAGAUAUAAGCGAAGAAGAGAAGAAGAGGAUCAUGCAUUUUGUAGUAGUUGGAGGCGGUCCAACAGGAGUGGAAUAUGCUGCAGAGCUUCAUGACUUUGCGUUUGAAGAUUUAGCUCGGUUAUAUCCUUCUGUCAAAGACUACCUAAAGAUUACACUUCUUGAGGCAGGCGAUCACAUUUUGAACAUGUUUGACGCGAGAAUCACUGAAUUUGCUACAGAGAAGUUCAAUAGAGAUGGUAUUGAUGUAAAGACAGGUUCGAUGGUCGUAAAAGUUAACGAGAAGGACAUUUCUACCAAAGAUGGGAAAACUGGCCAAACUGUUUCUCUACCUUAUGGAAUGGUUCUUUGGUCAACCGGUAUUGCAACUCGCCCUGUAAUCAAAGAGUUCAUGAAGCAAAUUGGUCAGGGUAACAGACGUGUUCUGGCAACUGAUGAAUGGCUGAGGGUUGAAGGAUGUGAUACCAUAUAUGCUCUGGGUGACUGCGCCACAAUAAAUCAACGCAGUGUCAUGGAAGAUAUAGCAGCAAUAUUCAGCAAAGCAGACAAGAAUAAUACAGGUUUUCUGAAUCUCCAAGACUUCAAAGAAGUAGUUGACCACAUCUGCGAGAGAUACCCUCAAGUGAAUCUUUAUUUGCAAAAGAACAAGCUGAAGAAGUUUGAAAAUUUACUUGAUGAUUCUCAAGGAGACAACAAGAAGCAGAUAGAUAUCGAAACAUUUAAGAAAGCUCUAUCUGAAGUGGACAAGCAAAUGAAAAAUCUUCCAGCAACAGCUCAGGUUGCUGCUCAACAAGGUGAAUACUUGGCAAAUUGUUUUAAUCGCACGGAGGAAUGUGAAAAGAAUCCAGAAGGUCCUCUCAGAUUCAGGGGAACAGGCCGCCAUCGGUUUCAUCCUUUCAGGUACAAGCACUUGGGACAAUUUGCCCCACUAGGAGGAGAACAAACUGCAGCUCAGCUUCCAGGAGAUUGGGUUUCAAUUGGUCAUAGCACUCAAUGGCUCUGGUACUCGGUGUAUGCAAGUAAGCUGGUUAGUGGGAGAACAAGAGUGCUGGUGAUAUCUGAUUGGUUCAGAAGGUUCGUAUUCGGAAGGGACUCUAGUAAAAUCUGAGACUGGUAUCAUUUAAUUCUCUAAAAUCUUCCGUUGUACUUUUUAUCAACUCCCAUCCUGGUUUUACUAAAGUUUAUGUCUGUUUCAGUAGAAAAUAAUCCCUAACAAGCACAACAUUUAUUUAUCUUGCAUUGUAUUGGCCAGAAGCCUAGAACUAAAUGUCUUUAAUGCAGAUAAAUUUCGCUUA